AUGACAUAUUUUAUUUUCUGCGUAGUUUUAUUUUCAUUUCUAUUUCCAUCAUGGAUUCAAUGUCAAUCCGGAGCCUUCAAUCCAGUUACCGGUCGAAUAGACAACCUUACAUAUGACUUAUAUUACCGAAUGGUGAGUGAACCUGAUUGCCUGGCACUUUGUCUGAAAUAUACAUCAUCAACAUGUUAUGCUGUUUCUUAUGAAAGUUUUCUUCAAGAAUGUCGAAUUAUAACACAACCCAUUCCAUCGACGUUUAUUCCAGAUCAAUUAUUUCUUAAUUGGCGAUCAUUUAUUCUAAAACAAGACUCAUAA